AUGGCGUCCAGUGUAGACCGUUUGGAGGUAGCUUUCUUCGAUGUGGAAACAACUAUCCCAACCCGACCAGGAGAGGCGCAUGCAAUUUUGGAAUUUGGGUCGAUUUUAGUUUGCCCUAAGAAGCCGAUUGAGUUCGAGAGAUUCGAUACACUAGUUAGACCACACAAUAUCUAUCUAAUUUCCUCCUCCUUCGUUCACUCCAAUGGAAUCACCAUCGACGCUGUUGUCUCCGCCUCGUCCUUCUCGGAUAUCGCAGAUAGGGUUUACGACAUUUUACAUGAAUCGAUGGGUUGUUUAAGAGGAAGAGUAUGGGCGGGUUACAAUAUAUUGAGGUUUGAUUGUUUGAGGUUAAGAGAGGCGUAUGUGCAGAUUAAUAGGCCGCCGCCGGACCGAAAGAAAUCAUUGAUUCAGUGGCUUUGUUGA